GGCUGGAGAGGAUCUGUUUCCCACAGAUGAAAAAGGCAUGAUUAUACCCAGCAACACUGACCUCCUACAAACAUGGGAGGCCAUGGAAGAGCUGGUGGAUGCUGGCCUGGCAAAAGCCAUUGGCAUCUCCAACUUCAACCACGAACAGAUUGAAAGAAUCUUGAACAAGCCAGGACUGAAAUACAAGCCUGCAAACAUCCAGAUUGAAUGUCAUCCAUACCUGACCCAGGAGAAGCUGAUCAACUACUGCCAUUCCAAAGGGAUUGCUGUGACAGCAUAUAGUCCCUUUGGCUCUCCUGACAGACCACGGACUCAGCUAGAGCAUCCUUUACCUCUGGAUGACCCCAGGAUUAAAGAGAUUGCAGCCAAGCACAACAAAAGUGCAGCACAGGUUCUCCUUCGCUUCCACAUCCAGAGAAAUGUGAUUGUGAUCCCCAAGUCUGUCACACCACAGCGCAUUGUGGAGAACUUCAAGGUCUUUGACUUUGAAUUGACUAAAGAAGACAUGACAACUCUUCUCAGCUUUAACAGGAACUGGAGGAUGGGUUUAAUAAGCCAGGCCAAAAUGCACAAGGAGUACCCUUUCCACGCAGAAUACUGAUGCUGUUUGUAACCUGACCUUCUCUGAACCCCUGGUGUUUCAUGUGCCUCUCCUCUAGCUUUGAGCUGUGUAUCCAGCUUUCUUACUGCAUCUGAGCUGUUGCUGCUAGUGAAGUCAAAGGACAUUUAUUCCAUU